AUGACAGCAGCCGGAACGAUUCGUGUCCCCCAGAAGGAUGGCUCGCCUCUGCGACUCGAGUUCGCCACAGUCGACGACCUGAAUGAGAUCACCGAUCUGUGGUACAAUGCCUUCUCACCCGCCAUGUUAUUCCUCUGGCCGGACACCCCCGGGGUGCGCCAGUGGUGGAACGAAGCCAACCGCCACGACAUGCUCCACAAACCCAACGCGAAGUAUCUCAAGGUCGUGGACACAGCGCAGAAUGGCCGGAUCGUUGCGUACGCCAAAUGGUCACUGGAGACCGCCGAAGAGCGUGGACGACGGUGGCCCGCAUGGCAUCCCGAAAUGGACCCAGCCUUGAUGGAUAAAUUUCUGGGCCACUUGGAGAGCAACCGGACAAUGGCUGUCGCAGGUGCUCCCAAGAAUUUCUAUCUUGAUAUGCUAGCGACGCACAGCGACUACCGGAAACGGGGCGCGGCACGGUUGUUGCUUGAAUGGGGGUGCGAGGUGGGCGAUGAGGAGAAUGCGCACAUCUAUAUCGACGCGAGCACCGACGGCCAGCCGGUCUAUCAGAAGUUCGGCUUCGUGAGCAAGAAUGAUCCUUUGGUCGAUCCGUUCGAAGUGGCGGCCAUGGUGAGACAGCCUGGGUUGAAAUCGAUCUGA